AAGGAUUCCAAAUUUAUAGUUGAAAUGAUUGUGAUAUUACAUAGUUUCAUUUUGUCGAUAUUGACUGUUUAUCUUGCAUCUUGCCUUCCGUCUAGGGGCAAAUGGACCUUUUCCAGUCAGAGAAAUGAAACUUCUGAAACUCCUUUGAAAAAUCAUGUUUCCAAAACUGAUACAACUCCCCGAUCAUUUGAGCUUGAUUUCGAUUAUGUUUUUCCAGCAUUUGAAUUGCCCCAUGGAGCAACAACCAACGUGUAUUACGCGUUCCCCCCCAGACAGUUUCCUCAUGGCAAAGUAUCUCCUCUUAAGUUCAUCUUUCCUCAUAAACGGAGAAAUAAGCCACCUACGUUCACUACAAGAUUUCCAGUUGUUGAAACUACGGAAAAUAAUAGAACUGUUUUUGAAAGGACCAACAACACGAAAGAAAAAGGACAAGAAGGAGCAGCAGACAAGCUGUACGUUAAAGAAACUACAAAAAUAGUACAAGUCGGCGAACCCAUUGAAAUGCUAUGCACGGCUCCCUCAAAAGUGGACUUGUGCUUGAUUCUGAUUCCUGGCGCGAAGGAUGAAGUACGUGUGGUGGACUCGCCGAAUCAGCUGAUCGCCAUCCCUGAUACAGCCAUCAAAAUAGCCUACAAUGGAGAAGGCUUCGAGCGAGGCCAUUGUGGGCUACGCAUUGAAAAAGCCACCGAAAAACUAAACGGCAUUUUCAAAUGUUCUGCUUUUCUCACUGGAGAACCUGCUAAGAGAACUGGAUCUAUGAAUGUUACCGUGGCCCGUACUCCGACUAAUCCUGAAUUGAGAUUACUCGAUAACAAAAUAAACGAGUUCAAAGAAGGUGACAUUCUGAAGGCUACGUGCAGUGUGAAGAAGGGCAGACCAGCCACUAAUUUCACAUGGUAUCUUGGUGAUGAAAUUCUAUUUGACGGUCUGAAGAAACCCGUAUUCACUACAACCGACGAUCUGCUAUCAACUGAGCAGAAUCUGACGCGGACGAUUCAAGCCAGUGAUGAUGGCAAGGAACUGAAAUGUGUCGCCAAUCAUGUUGGACUCAAUGAACAGAACAAACAGGCCAAGAAGUUACUACGAGUUAACUUCAAGCCGAAAUCGGUCCAAGAACCAUUCAAGAAGUUUGGAAUGGUGGAGGGAGAGAAGGGAAUAGUUUCCAUAGUUGUGGAAGCCAACCCCAAGCCUGUUUUCAUCUGGACUAUUGGUGGAGAACAGGUGACUGAGGGUGAUUCUCAAGGAGCUUAUGAGGUCACGAAGACCAUGGAAAAGGAAUCUAAACAUAUGUGGGAGACAACACUGGUCAUAUCUCCAUUGACAAAGGACGAUUUCAACAAGGAAUACAGAAUAAAAGCGUCGAAUCAAUAUGGAGACGCAGAAUAUGAGGUUAUAAUUUCAACAGGUCCAGUACCAGAGACUAGCUCGAUAGGAACUGGGACUCUUAUCCUUGUGUUGCUGUUGAUUGCGCUUGUAUUUCUUAUUAGCUGCGUCAUAUUAUUCGCCAGAGCAAAAGGCCGAUGGUGCUUCUCAGUGAGGGAUGAUCAUGAGGACUCUUUACCGGAAAAAGGAGCUUCGACCGGUCUGCAGGACCCCUCACAAGAUCCUAUGGCUCCUCGCCUGACUGAUGUCAUUGGACGAGAAUCGAGUGAUACAGAGUCGGCUGAUCAUUCUACCAGUGUUCCGAGCAAAAAACUCAGCUUCCCUAUGGUAUUCAAGAAGAGGAAUGACAAACUACCUACUUGUGCAGCAGGAAAUAAGGAUUCCACGGCUAUUGCUGUAAUUGACGAAGAAGAAAAGAUUGACACCUGCUUGCAACGACCUGGAUCCAAUACGAAUGAUGCGGAGGGGGUUGUUUAUGCGGAACUAGAUCUCGCUCACAGGAUGACAUCUUCAUCAACGGUUCCACUCACGGUUCGCCCUGAUCAUGACAAAACUGAAUACGCCGAGAUCAUUCAUCUUCCCAAGCCAAAAUAAACAUAAUAUCUCUUAUCUCUCCUAUCAUUCAAGCCAAAAUAGAAAAUAAUACAUUAUCUCUAAUAUCUAUCUUUUUUCUUACGGUACUGUUUGUUCUAAGAUUUUUUGGCUCAAAUACUCUUAUAUUUUGAAGAAUCUUCCAUUAGGUAGGCUACCCACAAAUUUCCUAUUCAAUGUUUUUCAUAUCUUCUAUGAAAAAGAAUGGGUGAAUAAUUUGAAUUGUUGAUCGAACAUGUGUAUAGAAACCAUGUGUAUGAAUAAAAUGUGAAUCAAUUCAGAAGGGCACAUUUUUCAAAUUAUAGUACAUAUUUCCUGUGAAUUUCAGUAACUUUGAAUUCGAUUUGAAACAAAUUUAUCCAAUAAAGAUAAAAAUAAUUUCAA